UAUUGUCGGAUGGUGGAGUAUUGUCGGAUGGUGGAGUAUUGUCGGAUGGUGGAAUAUUGUCGGAUGGUGUAGUUUUGUCGGAUGGUGGAGUAUUAUCGGAUGGUGGAGUAUUGUCGGAUGGUGGA